AUGGCGCCAAAAACCUUGAGCGACUUAAAGCGCAAAGACCUGUUUCAGACGAAAGGGUACAUCAACGAGAGCUGGGUCGAUGCAGCCUCGGGCAAAACAUUUGACGUUUAUGACCCUGCUACACUGGACAAAAUUGCAACUCUCCCCGAAAUGGGUGCUGAGGACACUAACAAAGCCAUUGAAGCUGCACACGAGGCCUUUCAGACCUUUAAAAAGACAAGCGCACGCCAGCGCGCCAGGUGGUUGCGGAAAUGGAGCGACCUCUGCCUAGAAAACAUCGAUGAUCUUGCAUUGAUUCUGACUCUUGAAAAUGGAAAAACCCUGGUCGAAGCCAAAGGCGAAGUCACUUAUGCGGCUUCAUUCCUCGAAUGGUUUGCUGGAGAAGCCGAGAGAGUUCACGGCGAGGUUGUCCCUACGGCCAACUUAAAUCAACGCAUCUUGACGUUCAAGCAACCUAUUGGGGUCGCUGCUUGUCUAGCUCCUUGGAACUUCCCAAUUGCCAUGAUCACGAGAAAAGUCGGCGCAGCACUAGCAGCAGGGUGCACCACGGUGUGGAAACCGGCCGGGGAGACACCGUUGAGUUCGCUUGCACAAGCCGUUCUCGCGCAUGAAGCUGGGUUUCCCAAAGGCACCAUCAACGUCAUCACCACGCUCAAUCUUGUCAACGAAGUCGGCGAAGCACUGUGCAAAAGCAGUUUAGUCCGAAAAUUGAGCUUCACGGGCAGUACUCGCGUCGGCAAACUCCUCGCAAGACAAUGCAGUGAUAGUCUUAAGAAACUAUCACUCGAGCUGGGCGGGAACAGCCCAUUUAUCGUGUUCGACGACGCCAAACUCGAAACCGCGGUGGAAGCUUGCAUAUUGGCCAAGUUCCGGAACUCUGGCCAGACCUGCGUGACUGCCAACCGGAUUUUUGUACAAAAGGGUAUCUAUGAUAAAUUCGCCGAAGCUUUGACGGUCAAAAUCAAAUCUCUGAAAGUCGGCCCGGGAACUGAGGAAGGGGUCUUCGUGGGCCCAUUGACGCACGAGCGAGCUGUUGAGAAGGCGAUGAACCACAUUAAUGGCAAGUGCCAUGCUAAGAAACACGGCGGUCAGGUCAUCCUCGGAGGAGAGCCGAUGAAAGACUUCAAGGGUUACUUCCUUCAGCCGACGAUCAUCAAAGGAAUGAAUCGGGAGAUGAUCACUACACGAGAAGAGACCUUCGCUCCCGUGGUCGGCCUCUACGAAUUCGAGACCGAGGAAGACGUCAUAAAGAUGGCCAAUGACUGCAAUGUCGGUCUAGGUUCCUUCAUCUGCACUGAAAACAUUCCGCGCGCAUUUCGGGUCACGGAGGCGUUGGAGGUCGGCAUGGUUGGAGUCAACCUUGGGCUGCUCAGCGCCUGCGAGAGUCCUUUUGGCGGCGUCAAGGAAAGUGGCUAUGGUCGGGAAGGUGGCCGUCAAGGCAUCGAGGAGUAUUUGAGCGUCAAGUCCAUGUUGAUCAACGUCGCAAACUGA